AUGAGUAUUGCUAAAUAAGCCAUCAUUUUAUGUAUGUUAUUAUAUAAUAACGCAGGAUUUACUACUCUAAAUCUAUCGAACCACUUAUAGGGUAAUCUAAUGGAAGUUGAUAUAUAAUAAAGUAAUCAAAAGUAAUUGUCGAGUAUAUAAUAAUUGUAAAAGUAAAUUCCAUCUAGAGAAAUGUUACAAAUCAAAUCACAUAUAAACACUUAGAAUAGAUAAGAAAGUGAGGAUUUUAUAGAAACAAACAAUAAUUAAAACAUAUUAAUUUAAUUAAAACAAUUGUAAGAUGCAGGAUAAUCACAAAUGUUAAUUGGAGAAGAUUACUAAGUGAUUGAUUAUGCAAAUCCUUAAGAAUUAAAUACAUAAGCAUCAGAGGAAUCAUAAAAUUAAUCAUACUAAAAUACAAAUUCAUAAAUAAAUAAGGGUAAAACCGAUUCUAAUAACGACCAAUUUAAACUUAACUCUUAGGAUGAAAUUACAUCAUAAUAAAAUGCACAGAAUGAGGAAUUCACCUUUGAUGAAGAGGCAGGUUACAUGAGUGACUCACCUUAGGAUUUUGAAUUAAAUAAUGAUUCUAAAGACCUCAAUAAGAGCCUAAAUAACUCGGAAUAAGAGGGAAAUUAAGGAUAACCACUAUUGAAAUAGGAGGACGAUGUUGCUAAUAAGGAAAAUUAAUAAUAAAAACCAAACGAAAUUUAAAAAUUAAAUCAGGGGGAAAAUGAAGUAGAGUUUAAAUAAAAUGAAGGUCUAAUUAACAAGUAAAGUUCAGAGGAAAGUCUUUAAGAAAAUCAAAUAAUGAAAAGUUAAUUGAAUGGAUAAGAUGUCGCAGAUAAUUAAGUAAGUCAUAUUAAUCAUGAAUCAGAGAUGUCUCACACAUAAAAAAUGAAGGUAGAGUAGGAUGAACAAUUAUAAGAUUCAUUAAAAGUAGGUUAUAUUAUUGAAAAUAAUGUAGAAACAGAUGAUUAUUUAAAGGAUGUUUAAGAUGCUGAAAGCAACUCUCUAAAGCAGUAGAGUCUGCAAUAGAAAUUAGAAUAGGAAGAAUAAUAUUUAAAAUAGUUAAAGAGUAAUGAAUAAGAUGAUGAAAAUAAAUUAAAAUAAUUAGAAGAGCAGAAAAAUUUAAUAUAUAAUUAAGAAUAAAGUGAAUAAUAAGAAAUUAAAUAGAUAAAUAAAUAAAUUGAUAUUUACGAGCAGAAACUAUAGGAAAUAUAAUCUAAUUCUUAGAAUGAGAGUAACAAUUAAAAUACGGAAUCGAAACUUGAAGAAUAAACAUAAUUUAGGCCCUAUGAAGGUUAAGAUUUAAUUAUUUCAUCAGAAGUAAAUUAUGAUGAAGGAAAUAUGGAAUAAUUUGAAUAUGUUGAAAAUAAUUAGGUUAUCGAUGAGCAUGUUAAUAACAAUUAAGCCAUUGAAGAAAAAGCAGAAACACUAGUAUUGUAAGAUGAUGAAUAAAAUAAUAACUUUAAUUGGAAUUAAAAUACAUAAUAUUAGAAUACUUUUGGAUAAAGCAAUUACAUUAGCAAUAGGGAAAAAGAAGAUAACGAUGUUUAAGACUUUGAUCAAUCGGUUCCUGCUUAGCCAUAAGAAGUUUCCAUUGAUUUAAAUUUGAAACCAAGUGAUCUUUUAGCUCAGAUUAAUUUAAGUGAAGAUGUUUUAAUCACAGCAACUAAUGAGAAGUCUGAUUUAGAUUAAAAGCCACAAGAUGAAGAGAAUUAAAUUUUAAACUUUGAAGAUUAUAAUUAAUAAUCAAAUGAAGCAGAUUAAAAUUAAAUACUAUCCAUUAAUUCAUAAAUAACGUUAGCUCAGUAGAUUAAUCCAGAGUAUGUUAAAUAGGACCAAAAUGUUGAGUCUGAAAAUAUAUUAGUUUAUUAAUAAUAGAGUUAUCAUGAACAAAUAAAAGAAAUUCAUAACGAUUUAUCACUUUACUAAAUGCAAUAAUUAAUUAAGAGAACUUCAACUAAUACGAAUUUAAGAGCAAGAGGACGUAUUCAGGAUUUACUAGAUGUUUAGUAGCCCUCUUUGUUAUUUUAAAAUAAUUAGAAAUAACCUAACGAUUUAAAUGAUGAUGAAGAUAGGAAUCAUUCCUUUUUAAUAGAUUAAAAUAUUCAAAGAUAUACCGAAAUUUUAAAUUAGAGCAAUUAAUUGGCAACUGAAAAUAAGAAGGGAUAAUAAGAAAUGAUAUCUAUGAAAAAUAAUAAUUUUCCUUAGCGUAUGGAAUAUGAAAAUUUAUAACAAACAAGGAAUUGA